AUGACCCUAAAAAACCAUACUUCAUCAAUAUCAUUUUCUACACUAAAGUUCCAACUUUCUGGUGUAACAUAUCAAAAGGAGCAAGAGAAGACUCAAUUUCAGGUAAAUAUUCAUCUUCAACCACUAUAUUGUUCAUAUUAUGCAACUAAUUUUCUGCAAAAAAGUUACGCUGCUUCCGUAGAUGCGUCUAUGGAACGUGUUGAAGAUGAACACUUCCGUAUGGUGCACCCCGAUAAUAUUCUAAGUGAAUUAGCUCAUUUAGUCGAUGUUUGUAGGAGUGUUGAUGGGGUAGUCGUAAAGAUGGUAGAUGUCAGAGGUGACUUUAGCAGCAAGGAAGACUUUGAUGAUCGUGAAAGCAUGAUAACAUGGAUUCAUAUGAAUGCAACUAUCCUUGGUUUUGGUGUGGUUAAACCCGUUGUGGGGACAAAACAAGUAGCGACCGAAGGUUGGAAAGCGGUGAAUCUUAGAGUGAUUGUUGACCAAAUAAUGGAUGCAUGGGCUCGUAUUGCAAGUUCGUCGACAAAAGAAUUGUAUGCCAAUGUCGUAUUGCAAUUUCGGAAAAUAUGUGAAAAAUAUCCCGAUUUAUUGAAAUACGUUGAAAGAACCAUUAUUGACAAAGUGAAGGAGAAGUUUGUUUGUGUGUGGACUGAUAAGGUCCGACGCCUUGGGAAUACAACCACCAAUAGAGUUGAGUCGACACAUUCUACUUUGAAAAAUUGGUUGUGUAAUAGCAAGGGUGAUUUUUGCCGAGGUUGGGACACCAUUAAUCUCAUGAUUUCGAACCAACAAAACGAGAUACAAACCUUAUUUAGUCGGAGCAUUACGGUGUUGGAACAUAGAUUUAAGGAUAACAUCUUUUACUCUCAAUUGAUCGGCAAUAUGUCUCGGGCCGGAUUGAAUUAUAUCUUUCACGAGGCCAAACGCGGUGAAACCUUUGGUGGCGAUAGCGCAAAGUGUGGUUGCAUUAUUUCUAGCAUGUAUGGUCUCCCGUGUGCUUGUGUUAUUGCUAAAAAGGUGAGAUUAUGUGAGCCAAUAAGAAUGGAUGAAGUCACUCCUCAUUGGAAGAGACUUAGUUUUGAUGAUGAUGGUUGCAUCGAAGAAGAAUCAAAUAUCUCUAUUACUUCCAAAUUGGAGGCGAUACAAGAGAGAUUUUUGAAUACCGAUGACAACAUGAAACUAUACAUCAAAGAACAAUUGCGGAAGAUUGGAUUUCCAGAAACAACUGACAUGAAACCGCUGUCUCAACCGGUUAAGACAAAGGGUGCUCCGAAGAAAGUGAAGCCUACACCGAAUGACAACUCGACUACACGGGAUCCUUCAUAUUUUUCAACUCCCACACCUAUUGACACAAAAAUUCCAUCAAUCGAAGAGUUGCAUAUUGUUCCAAAUAUUCCAUUCAUUGACGAGAUGUCAGUUUUUAUGCAUAAAUACAUCGACCGGAUCGUCAAUGUGGUUGGGGAUUGUAAUUGCGGAUUCUGGGCCGUAUCAGCUUUGCUUGGACAAGGAGAGGAUGACCAUAAGCUUGUUCGUCUUGAACUUAUCGAAGAAUUGAUGAACCAUAAAGACUCAUACACGCGGGUAUUUGGAGACAAAACCAAAUUUGAAUCGGUCAACAAAGCUCUUGUUCCUUGGUUGGGUGCAUACACACCGAUUUCGAAAUGGAUGAGAUUCCUGGAAAUGGGACAUCUUAUUGCAUGCGCAUAUGACAUGGUAUGCAUUGACUUGACACAAUAUGGUUUUUCGGAAUCCUUUUUUCCGCUCCGCACCGCACCUCCUACAAAUUUUGAUGAUCGUAUUAUGUGUUUUGGAUGGCUCGCAAAAUCAAAAACAUUUUUUGCAAGUUUACUUGAAACCGGGAUGCCCCAUACCACCUACGUUACCGAAAUGGGCACUUCAUCAUACCGAAGCUGCCUAUACGUGGCCGGACCGUUUUUUGGAUAG